AUGGCAAUGUCGCCUCAAGCUCAACUCUCCACCACCAGCACCAAAGGCCUAUCUGAACAGGACUUGGCGACGAUUCAAAGGUCCGAGGCCGAACAGAUCAACUUCCAGAAGACCGUUGCCACCAGCAAGAGCUAUAGCGCGACCGAAAAGACCGCCUUCAGCCUCAGCUCGGCGCAGGAGUUCCACGAUUUCUGGGAGCAGACCAUCCAGGCCAAGGGCGAAUUCGACGACAGCCACGAACAAGGCUGUGGCCUGCGCGUCUGGGCGAGACAAUACCAGAAUGCGGCCUCGGUGGUCCAAAGCUUCAUGAAGGACUUCUCGCCCAUCAUCGACGUCGUGAGAGAUUGUGCUGGCCCCUACGGCGGACUGGCUGUCGGGACCAUCUCCGUGCUCUUUGCUGUUGCAGCCAACAAAGAUGCUAUGGAAAGCUCGCUCACCGAUGCCAUUAUCGAGAUCAACGACCGGCUGCCCGGCUUGGAUCUGUACCGACAUAUCUACAAUGACCGGCACGAGCUGGAUAUCCGGCUCCAGGGCCGAAUUGUAGCGGCCUAUCAGAUGUUCAUCGAGUUCUGCAUCGGAGCAACGCAGUACUACAAACGCGCGGGAGUGCGACGCUGGCUCAAAGCCAUGGGUUGGCCUAACGAUCUCGUGGACAAGGCAACCCGGGUGCGCAAGGUGAUACUGGACAUACGGCGCUUGUGCGACGAGUUGCUGGAUAAGAACGUGCAUAUGAUCAAACAGCUGAAUCUGGAUCAAAAGGCCGAAAUUCAGAAUCUUCAGGGUGAAAUCAAACAGCUCCUGGAAGCACAGGACAACCACAUCCUCAGCCAUAUCCAGCGAGCCCUCAACCUGUCGGACUAUUCGAGCGAGCGCCAACAUCAACAGCUGGAGCAAUACAGGCGUGCUCUGGCUUCCGACGACCACCUCAACGCACCUUAUUUCGAGCAGAUGCGCGGCAAGCGUCUCGAUGCUCUGAGGGCCGACAGCGGCUAUCAAUCUUGGUCCAACUCGGACGGCCCAUCCCUCUUGAUCCUAUCUGGACACAACGAGAGCAGUAUCAACUACCUGGAUCGGUGUUGGGUGUCGCCCGUGGCCACGGCCAUGAUUUCGGACUUGUUCCAGGCCACCUCUGGAGGCACUGAGAAUCUCGUGUACGGGUACUACGUCUUUCAUUCGAAAGACGACCUCUACCGCUCCAUCUCCGCCGUCCUUCUGCAACUGCUCCGGAAGAAAAGCGUGGUGUUGAGGAAGAAAUCCCAAUGGGACGAGCUACGCGCCGCCCUGAGCAAUCUCGAGGCAUGCAAGCCUGUCGCCAACCACAACCACGCCACAAGCGGAACCGGCGACGCCCGGAGGCUCGCCGCCUUCGAACACGUCGUCCACCGAGUCAUUGGUCUUUUUGACGAUUCCGAAACCAUUCACAUCGUACUGGACAGGCUGGACCAGUGUUGCGACCUGGUGGAAAAGGUGGACCAGCGCAAGCUGCUGCUUAAAUUGCUGGCCAAGUUGGUCGAGAGCGCCCGGUGUCGCCUCAAGAUCCUGGUCGUCAAUAAUGGGGAUCAAUGGAAUGUGGAGCGACGCAUCUCCGAGUUGGGUCAGACCAUCCAAGGCAGAGUCAUCUUACAUACAGCUGUACAGCAGAUGCGUGAAUAG